GAACGGCACAUUCCACAGUCACUCACUGUCACUAGUGUUUGGUUCCUCCGACGGAUGUCGUUGAGGUGGAAUUGGGAAUCACAACACAACAAUGAUCAAAACUCUGGGUGUGUCUUCUGCUCGCAUCUUCUUCUCCAAACAUCCCUCAACGACUUCUCUUCCUCUUCAGAACCUCUGCUUCUCCUUUCCUUCCUUCAUUAUUCGCUCCGCUUCGGAUCGCCGGAGAUACACCGUGAUGGCCUGUGGAAGCGGCGGCGAAGAUUUCGUGAAAGGAAAUGUUUAUCCAAAUGGCGUCGCUUUCAUCACUCUUGAUCGACCUAAAGCUCUCAACGCGAUGAAUCUAGAAAUGGAUUUGAAGUACAAAAGCUUGCUUGACGAAUGGGAAUCUGAUCCAAGAGUCAAAUGUGUUAUCGUCGAAGGCAGCACACCUCGGGCCUUUUGUGCAGGGAUGGAUAUUAAAGGAGUUGUUGCAGAUAUCCUUAUGGACAAAAACACACCACUUGUGCAGAAGGUAUUUACAGCUGAGUAUACCCUGAUAUGCAAGGUUGCUGGAUACAAAAAGCCAUAUAUCUCUUUAAUGGAUGGUAUAACAAUGGGAUUUGGCCUUGGUCUUUCUGGACAUGGGCGAUACCGUGUGAUAACAGAGAGGACGGUCCUCGCAAUGCCAGAAAAUGGAAUCGGCUUGUUUCCAGAUGUUGGAUUUUCAUAUAUAGCAGCUCAUACCCCUGGUGGAGGAUCUGUUGGUGCUUAUCUUGGUAUGACUGGGAGAAGAAUUUCCACACCUUCGGAUGCACUGUUUACAGGUCUCGGUACACAUUAUGUCCCAUCUGGAAAGCUGGGUUCACUCAAAGAAGCACUUUUGUCAGCUGACCUUUCCAAGGAUCCCCAUCAAGACAUCCAAGCAACUUUAUCAGAAUACAGCAGCGAUCCUGAAUCUAAAGCCCAUCUCAAAAUGCUUUUGCCUCAAAUAGAAUCAGUUUUUGGUGGAAGUAAAUCUGUUAAGAAAAUAAUCGAAGAGCUGAAAAAGUACCAGCAGAGCAGUGAGGCUUCAGUUGCGGAAUGGGCUAAUGAAGCACUUCAAGGCCUUGGAAAAGGAGCACCGUUCUCUCUUUUCUUAACACAUAACUACUUCUCUAAAGUUGCUUGUGCAAAGGGUAAUAAAACCAACAACGAGAUGGCAACACUUAAUGGUGUGAUGAAAACUGAGUACCGCUUUGCUCUAAGAUCUGCCUUGCGCGGUGAUUUCACUGAAGGUGUUCGAGCAGUCUUGAUCGACAAGGACCAGAAUCCGAAAUGGAAACCAGCAAGCUUAGAUGAGGUAAAUGAAAGUGAAGUGGAGGGUCUCUUUAAGCCAUUAAGUCCUGAAGUGGAAGAGCUAAACGUGUGAAAACAAACUCCACUUUAAUUGUUCUAUCAAUGAAAGAAACGUGACAUGUUGUUACUGUAUUGACUUUCAAACAAGUUGAUCGCUCUUGUGUUGCAGCUUCGUACACAAGCACAUGUCCCAUUUAUACGUAUAUCGAUAACUUUUAAGUCGUA